AAAAAAAAGAAAAAAAAAGAAAAAAGAGAAACAAAAAGAAAACCAGCUCUCAAGUCGAAAAUACAUAUUGUGAAACAGAAAUCCGCCCAAAUCUUUGCCCAUUCACAGUGCACUCUAUCUUGAAACAGCAACCCUCUUAUCCUCGAUUCACAGAGAAUCUAUCUCAUGGAUCCGGAGGCAGCACGUACGGCACGUGAUUCUCUGGAACUUGUAUUUCAUAUGUCGAACAUUCUGGAUACUGGCCUCGAUCGUCAUACUCUUUCUGUUCUCAUUUCCCUUUGCGAUUUGGGUCUUAACCCUGAAGCAUUGGCUGCUGUCAUUAAGGAACUUCGACAACAAAAACCCUCUUCUUCUUCUUCACUGCCUUAGCCAGGGAAGGGCUAUUGAAGCAAUGAACUGUAGCACGUUAGUAACUAUAGACUGAGGCAAGUCCUGGAAGUGGCAUUGAGUCAUAGUUCAAGUAUUGUCCCAUUUUAAGAAUCACUAUCAUUGACUGACAAACAUUUUUAAAUUUCUCCUGCCUAGAUCGAUCUACUUCCAAGUUCCAAUCUUGCGCUCUCUUGAUUACCCCAUAGGCUUUGAACUAGCAAGUGACCAAUGCAUGAUCUUAUAUAUGCAAAUGUAUUCUUCCAGUACCGUCAAAUAGGACAU